AUGAGCUUGAGCCCUUGCUUGUUGAUUCANNNNACGAGAAGCAUGGUGGCGUGGAGUAACGUAUCGCUCUGUAAUGAUACCACUAAGGAGCAUCGUAACUAUCGCUCUCACUCUUAUAGUGGCAUUUGGUUUCUCAAUAUUGAAGCCAUAUCUCCAGCCGUCAGUACUGACAUAUCGUACACUGUAGCAACACUGGGGUUCUCAGUCAUACUCGGCCUGGCCCUAGACUAUAAGAUAUUCCUUCUGGGUAGAGUUGUCGAGGAGCACGAUAAUGGUCUGUCAGAUCAGGCUGCGGUACACGUUGGUGUUUGGAAGACUGGACCUGUUAUCACAAUGGCUGGAGUCAUCAUGACCAUUGCUUUCUGCGGUCUUCUCUUCGCAUCGAUGCCACUCAUUAACCAAGCGGGAGUCCUGCUGGUCACGGCGGUCUUGUUCGACACGUGUAUAAUGCGCACUAUGGUGACACCGGCACUGCUACGGGUUAUCGGUCGGCUCAACUGGUGGCCAAGGAGGUCGCCUCAAGUUACUUGCAACGAUGCUCGGUCUAUUCUCGAUCGCGAAGGAAGCAUCAAUUCUGAGCAAAGUGAAUGCAACCCCAAAAAUAGUCCGUAA